CUUUUUGCUUUCUCACUUCUAGAAAAUGCCGUCUAGUUCAAACUAAGUUCAAGCACUCUCUUCUAAUGGCUUAUCUACUUAGUCCGUCUACAACUUCUCUGAAGCUAAAUCCUCCUACUGAUUCGUACAGCUUCACUCGCUUAACCACUACUUGCCUUCCUUUACCUAACAGAUUGAAUUGGGACAGUCUCCAUUCACGGCGCAAUGGCUGCCGUGUUCUUAAGUGCAAACUUACCAAGAUAAAGGAGUAUCCACCGUCAACCCCUUCGACAUUGAUAAAGGAACCUCACAAGUACUUUGAUCAAGUAAUUAUCACUGUGAGAUCUGGUGAUGGUGGUCAUGGUGCAAUUCUUGGUAUGCCUGAUCAGAAAGCUCCUCCGAAAUCGCAAGGAAAAUAUGGCAAAGAAAAUAAGUGGAAAAGUUCGUUCAGAAGAGAUUCAGAUGGAUCACUUAUCCUUCCCACGGGUGGUCAUGGGGGUGAUGUUAUCAUUUAUGCAGAUGAGGGAUUGGAUACGUUGCUAGAAUAUCAUAAGAAGAGUAGGCAUAACGCCAAGCGUGGGGGAAAUGUUGAUGCUAUGGGUGUCCUAACCAAACAACUGCGUGACGGACUAGCUGCUCCGACAGUGCGUAUACCUGUCCCCGUAGGUACAGUUGUGAAACGUAAGAGAGGGACCUUUCUGGCGGAUCUAGCACAGCCAGGUGAUGAAAUUCUGGUUGCUAGAGGUGGGCAAGGUGGGAUCAGCUUGUUGGAGAUGCCUGAACAUAGAAAGAAAAAAGCAAUGACGAUGAGUAGUAAUGUCAUGAGGGAUGACAGUGACAAGGUGUUAACUCUUGGUCAACCUGGGGAGGAAGUUAAUCUAGAGCUUAUUUUGAGAGUAGUUGCUGAUGUUGGUCUAGUGGGACUGCCAAAUGCUGGAAAAUCAACUCUCUUGGCAGCGAUUACUCUUGCAAAACCUGAGAUUGCCAAUUACCCUUUCACUACAUUAAUUCCAAACCUAGGAAGGCUGGGCGGAGAUCCUAGUUUAGGUGCAGGAAAAUUUUCGUCAGAGGCAACCUUAGCAGAUUUGCCUGGUCUCAUCGAAGGUGCUCAUUUGGGGAAGGGUCUUGGUCGCAAUUUCCUGAGGCACCUGAGAAGGACCCGACUGCUGGUUCAUAUUGUCGAUGCAUCUACUUAUGACCCUGUAAAGGACUACAGAACUGUCAAAGAAGAAUUGCGGAUGUACAACCCUGAAUACCUUGAGCGUCCAUUUCUUGUUGUGUUAAAUAAGAUUGAUCUUCCUGAGGCACAAGACAGGAUGCCAUCUUUGAUUGAAGAAAUAUCGAUGGUUGGAUGCGAUGAGUUACCUGCAGAGCUAGAAAUGAAUGUUGAUAAAGCGGAUAAACUGCUACCAAUUCAAAAUGAAACUGUUAAUGUGCCUUCUUCUGGGUCUCCUAAAAGAGAUAGGAGGGAGAAACAAAUUGAAGAGUAUCCUCGCCCUCUUGCCGUUGUGGGUGUUAGUGUCCUAAAAGGUAUCAGAAUUGAUGAAAUGCUCAAGGAGAUAAGGGGAGGUUUAAGGAAGAGUCAAGGUUUUGAGAAAGAAGAGCUCGCACUAAGAACUUCAUAAACGUGAUGGACAGCCAUAAAUACUCUGCUUAUCCAUGUCAUACUGCCAUGGAGAAUUUACACAAGUAUGCCAUGUGUGAUCGUGGGGAUUUAAAUCCUUUAAGUCAAGGAUUAUCCAAUUUAUUCUUAUGUCAGAAAGGUGGGCCAUCCAAAGCCAUGUUUACACAAUACUCCACCUUGGACUACCAUUCCAAAAUGUCGUUGCCUCUAGUUAGUGCAGUGAAAAGGUUUGAGUCACUUGGCUUUUUGUCUAAUAGGUUUGAGAAACGGGUGUGCAUUUUUUUCACGUAACGUUUUCACUUGAAUCGGAGAUCUUUUAUUCCUUUAA